AUCCAGCUGGCAGUUUCAUCGACUAAGUUAAUGUUACCAGUCAACUCGUGGAUUAGUGGAUUUGAUUCUUUGUCAGAUCUAAAUAGGGCUCAUUAAUUUAACUGAUUUGUUACGCUUAAGCCUAAAAGAUUUAAAACGGAGCGAUUGCAGUCAUGACGGAUUUAUUACCCGAGUAUGAGCAACAGUUUGCCACUCUUACGGCUGAAAUUACGUCAAAAAUAUGUCUGCUGGCAAACGGCAGCCCCAGCAGGGUGGGCACUUCAAUCCCUGAUUUAGAGUCAUUAAUAGAAGAAGCUAAAGACUUGCUUGAGCGCAUGGAGAUGGAAGUACGAGACUGCACAGAUGAACUUCAGAGGCAGAGGCACAAUCUUCGAGUUCAGAGUCACAAAAUGGAAUUCAGUCGUCUCAGAGGAGAAUACAACAGAGCAAGGGAAAAGACUGAACGAAUUGAGCUAUUGAGUGGGGGCAGGGAUGGUGUCAUGUACAGUGGCACUGCAGGCCUGCCAGAUGAAAUGCGGGAGCAACUCUUGCAAGACAGCGACAAACUGGAUAUCACUUCAGCCAGACUCACUAGAAGCUACCAGGUUGCAUUGGAAACUGAAGCCAUUGGAGCAGAAAUUCUUGGAGACUUGCACCAUCAGCGCAGCACCAUACAAAACGCCAGAAGUAGAGUGAGCUGUAAACUAGACCUAGACACCAGCUCCCGCGUGCUGGGCGCCAUGCUUCGUCGCGCGCUCCAGCACCGCUUCAUCGUCGGGGCAGUGCUUGUCUUCGUCUUUAUCAUCAUUCUUCUCGCUAUUUAUUUCUCAUUCAGAUAACUUAGAGCUGGAUAAGUUUUUCCAUGUUUAUUUUCAUUUAGGGUUUCUGUUGAUUUAUUUAUAGCUGUUGUACGGUAGUAUUUAUUCCAUAGCAACAUACGUUAUAGCAACCUUACUUUUACUUUAACUGUUACUUCAACUGUUGGAACACACUCGUUCUGCCAAAUUUUUUUAUUGUGAAAGGACAUAAUGAUUGUGCUUGUCAUU